AUGCAAUGCCAUAUCAAUGCGCUGCCUCGUGCCAAAACACGGUCAGGGAUUGGGACGGCCGCGUGUUUGAUUGCCAUAUCAAGUCUUCUGUGCGGUGGGCCGCUGUUUGCACGGCCUUGGUCGCAGGGUGUUCGAAGUUCGCAACUUUCCAAGUCUUGCCAAGCUGCAGCAUUGGGGCUUGAUCCGGACCCGGACGAGCUGAAGAAGCUUGACAGGGCCUUGCCGCAGUACAUGUUGGAUUUCUUUGAAGGAAACGAAGCGAAAGCUAUGCAAAGGUGGAUGGAAACUUUACAAUGGCGCUGUGAAAUAGACGAUGAUGGCAUAUUCACACGUCCGAACCCGGACUUUUUCAACAUCCAGCAACAUUUUCCAACUUCCAUUCAUCUUCCUGACAAAGCCGGUCGUCUCACUUAUUGGAACAGGGUUGGCAACUGGGAUUCCUCCGGAUUGGACGAAGACGGUUUAACAAUUGAGCGGAUCAGAGAUGAUUACGUUUGGCAGACAUUGUUCACGUGGGACAUUUGGUUGAAGCGUGAUGAUAGGCAACAUUUGACCAUCGUCAUGGACAUGGACGGGUUUCGCAUUACCCAAAUUACUCCAAAGCUUUUGCGAAUUUUUUCUGCAUCUUUCAAUGCUGUUCAAGCACACAUGCCUGAUCGAGAGCAUCUAGUCCUUGUUGUGAAUGCACCAGAUUGGUGGAGGACAGUUUGGUCAAUUUUCCGCCCUUUUCUGGCGAAGAAGCAGCAGGAAAGACUUCGGGUUUGUGUUGGGAAAGAUGAGUCCUUCGAGACACUUCGAGAGUUCAUUGACGUGAAGAAUCUGCCGGAAGCCUAUGGCGGUUCCGGGAUCGAACUUGGUUCUGUAAAGGACGUAUUUGUUGGUGGCAAUGAUGAGCUGCACGCUGAGUGCAGUCGGUUGCAGCAGAAAAUUGUGAAGUGCGCCCAGCGACAGUUGUCACACUUCAGCACCAGCAUGUUCCCAGCCAUGGUGAAGCAUCCCGAUUCCCAAAAAGCUGCAAUGUUCUUGCAGCCGGAGGACUACAUGGGCUCCAAGAGAAGACACAACAUCCAUUCCUGGAACGUGGCACACAUCGGUGCUCAAUGCGCGAUGUUUGAGGGCCAGGGCUUCAAGAUGCUCGCGAAGGCCACGAGCGAGGAGAUCAACGCACCGGACACCUUGGAGGGCUUCACGCCACUUCACUGGGCCGUGCUGUCGGACAACCCCAAGGCUGUAAUUUGGCUGCUGAAGAAUGGAGCAGACAAGGACGCCAAAGAUGCGCAGGGAAGGACUGCUGAAGAUCUGAUCGAGGAUUUUUGGGGUGACUUUCACCAACGGUAUUGGGGAAACUUUCCCAAGCAAGAUGGCCUUCCGCAGGUUGACAAGGUGUUUCCGAAGAGGAUAAAGCAAAUGAAGGAUGCGUUCAAGCUGACCUUUGCAGCCACGGACUCGGACAUUGAUGGGUACAAGAAUGUUGAAGUCUAA